AUGAACCAGCUGUUGUGGCUACUGGCUUACACUACCUUCGCUGUUGGCACAGAGACGAGUACGAAUAAACCGAAAGGACCAAAAGUUACGGACAAGGUUUGGUUUGAUAUCGAAUCAAAUGGGCAGCAAAUGGGAAGAAUUGUAAUAGGCUUAUUUGGCAAAACAGUACCGAAAACUGCGACGAACUUUAUUGAAUUGGCCAAGAAACCGAAGGGCGAAGGUUAUGUUGGUAGUAAGUUCCACCGUGUUAUUUCCGAGUUUAUGAUUCAAGGCGGGGAUUUCACAAAUGGUGAUGGAACAGGUGGAAAAUCCAUUUACGGAGAAAAAUUCCCGGAUGAAAACUUCAAACUGAAACAUUAUGGAGCCGGUUGGGUUUCGAUGGCAAACUCUGGAAAAGACACAAAUGGCAGCCAGUUUUUCAUAACUGUGAAGAAAACCUCUUGGCUGGAUGGUAGGCACGUUGUUUUUGGAAAGGUGCUGCAAGGAAUGGAUGUGGUACGAGCCAUAGAGACCGUACCAAAGGGUGCUAAUGAUAAACCCAAAGAUGACGUGAUCAUCGCAGCUGCCGGUCACGAAACGGUUAGUACACCGUUCGCUGUGGAAAAGGACGACGCCGUUUGA